UAUAACUCAUAAAUGUUAUCUGUGUUUCCUAAAACAGAUGUAUGCCAUAUAGAUUGUUCUUUUGAUGUGAACUUGUGUAACUGGAAACAAUCAACGAGUGAUAACAUGGACUGGAUACACUGGAAUGGCUCAACCCCUUCCGAUUUUACUGGACCAUCAUUUGACCACACAACAGGAUGUAAGUCAUUUAUUUACUUACUUUCUCUGUUUGUAAUAGUUUAUAUAACUCCCAAAAUAAUGGUUCAUAACAGAAAAGGUACUUCAGCAUUAAUAUUUUAAUUUAAACAGAUGGCUACUAUUUAUACAUUAAUGGACAGGAUUCAGAAGAGGGAGACUUUGCAAGAUUGGAGAGUCCUGCAAAUUGUUUCACUGGAACUCAUUGCUUAGAGUUUUGGUAUCACAUGUAUGGAGCAGCAAAAUACAUGAUGCUGAGGGUGUCAGUACUAAGAGAUUAUGGUUUGGAAGAUGUCUUCACUAUAGAAGGAGAUCAUGGGGACAUGUGGUAUUUAGAGAAGAUUUUCCUGCCUGAAAGUGAUAUUAUCCAGAUUUUCAUUGAUGGUGUCAGAGGUGAAGAUUUCCGCAGUGAUGUUGCUAUAGAUGAUAUUUCUUUUUACCCAGGAUAUUGUACUGCAGCAACAACUACCACCACCACCACUGUAACUACAAAACCGACAGGUUCUACUGUGUCAUCAACUAAAACCACAUCAUCACCAGUGUUUGUCCUAAACAAUGUGGCUAUAUCAAUUCUGACAGCCUGCUCAUUUGACUUUCUCCAUAAAUGA